AUGAUGGGUAUCACGUCACUAUCACCUAAGGGUCAUGGUUGGCACAAGAAAUUUAGAGAUGAACUUGUGUCAGGAGAGGAAAAGCUACAAGUUGAAGGUGGUGCCUUUUCAGAAUCUAGAGUGAAUGGGAAAUUUACAAGUGAUCAAAGCCUUGUAUAUAAUGCUGUCCUUGAUGCUCAAAAUGCUGUUAUAUCUGCUAUGAGACCCGGAGUAAGCUGGGUGGAUAUGCACAAAUUGGCGGAGAAAACUAUUCUAGAGUCAUUGAAGAAAGGGUGCCUCUUGGUUGGCGAUGUUGAUGAUAUGAUGGUUGAACGAAUGGGUUCUAUUUUCAUGCCGCAUGGCCUUGGACACUUAUUGGGAAUCGAUACUCAUGAUCCUGGGGGAGCUGAGAGACCCACAGAGCCUGGAUUAAGGUCUUUGCGCACAAGUAGAGAGCUCCUGGAGGGAAUGGUUAUAACUGUGGAGCCUGGAUGCUACUUCAUUGAUGCUUUGUUGGUCCCGGCAAUGGAAAGUUCAAAAACUUCAAAGUUUUUUGAUCGUGAAGAGAUUAUCAGAUUUAGAGGCUUCGGUGGAGUCCGAAUUGAAAGUGAUGUGGUACUGCAGUUGCUGAACUUUAUUUAUCACAUCUAAACCUUGAUAAUUUUUGCUUUCCUUGAACUUCAAUAUUUGCAAAAGUUUAUGUUCAUCACCAAUCUCACAGCAGAAAAGGCAUUAUAUAACUAAAUCUUAUCAUGUCUUGAUGAAACUAUGAAAUGCUUAUAUCUUAUCAUUUCCUCUUUUAUUAUUUGUCUUGUGAAUUAAAUUGUUUAUUGGUUGAAGGCAUUUUGAUUGCAUAAGGUGUUAAUAUGUUUUGAUUCUGCAUAUAUUCUAUGAAAUGUGAAUACUUUGUUAAGGUCGAUGGAUCCAUUAAGAAUACCUUAUUGGAUACAAUACUUACUAGAUAGUAUCGUAUACACACGUAUCCAAUAAUUAU